CUUUAAUGCAGGAAAAAGAGUUGAAAGGUUCCAUGUUUCAACUUUUACUGAAUGUCCCAUUUGAGGUUCAAUCUUCCUUGUUUCCCUAUUUACAUGCUUUGUUUGAACUUCUCUCUAAUUAUAUCGGUUUUAGAAAUUACUUUUACAUAAAAGUACUUUUAUGUAAAUCCAUUGAGGUGAAGCUCUUAGUCUCACAUAUAUUAUUGCAUUCAAGGCCGAGCCAUCUUAUGGCGAAAGCAUUAUCACCAUUGAAGAUGAUGAGUGGAGUGACUCUUACAGAACCUGUUGAAAAUUUGGGCUUGAUUGGCUACAAUUAAGAUUUGGACCGAACCUAUUUGAUAAUAUUAAUGAUAUUGCUUGUUUUCUAGUUUUUGGAGCCCAUUUGAGAGAAACAAGAUUCUCGGAUUCGAGUCUCGGAUUAUGUUUGACUUUCCCCAAGUCCCAACACCUGCAGCUGGAACCACCUUGUAAGAGAAAAAAUCUGCCACAUUCGUCAGUUAAGGAGACAGAGAGAUUCACAAAGCCAACUUCCCUUCUCCUUUGGAUUCCGUCUUGAACGCCAUUGGAUUCGGACGAGUUACCCUGAAAGUCUCUUAGACUGAAAGAAACCCACAGCCAAAAAAACCCAUGGAUUCCCUGUCGUCAGUCUCUCCAUAUAUAGUUCUUCCUCCAAGCAACCUUUUGCCCACGCAACGGCAUGGUCUUCAAGUCGCUGUCUUUUCCUUCGCCACGAAUAGCCGUCUUCCUCGCUUGUCGUCUUCUUCUAAAGGGAGAUUGAGUCGAGUUGUAGAUUGUAAAUGCAAAUUUAACGGUGGGGAAGCGAGAGCAGAUCAUGAUGGUAAUGAUGAUGAUGAUGAUGAUAUUGUUGUUGAUGAUGAGAAAGAGGAGGUUGAAAGGGCGCUUCAUUUGGACGGUACGAUUCCAACUACUUCCGGCGAGUUUCUAAAACGGGUUUCGUCUCGGGCGUAUGAUAUGCGGAGGCAUUUGCAGCAAACUUUUGAUAGUAGCAGCUAUGAUGUGCUGGAGGCAAAUCCAUGGAGAGAUCCUUCAAAACCUGUAUAUGUACUAACUCACAAGGAAAACCAGUUGUGCACAAUGAAGACUCGAAGAAACCGCAGUGAAGUUGAAAGGGAACUUGGAUUAUUGUUUUCUAAAGGAGCAAAGUGGAGUUCUGGAAUUGGAAACAAAACUAAACAGCCUAGAUCUGGUUUCAAGUUUCAGAUGCUUGUGGAGGAUGUUAGGGAAGGAGUGCUUGUAUUUGAAGACGAGAGUGAAGCAGCAAAAUAUUGUGACUUAAUGCAGGGAGGAGGCCAAGGAUGUGAAGGUGUUGCAGAAAUUGAAGCCUCAUCAGUAUUUGAUCUUUGCCGGAAGAUGAGGGCUCUGGCGUUCCUCUUCCGCCGGGGGAGAACACCUCCUCUACCUAGUCUCGAGCUCAACUUGAGAGCCCGUAAGCGAUCCCUUGAAGACCACGAGGACUUGAUAUGAAGUCAGUCAAGAGUAAAUGUAUGAGAAACUGUGAUAUCAAGCCAAAGAUCAAAACCAUACAGGAAUAUCAUAUUAUAAGUUAAGCAUUUGAUUCUACCUAAAGUUUAUGUAUGUUUCGUUCAUAAAGCAAGUUAAAAGAAAAAUUGAUUCGAUAUUUUAUAAAUAUAUAUAAAAUAUAAAAAUUAUUGUAUCAUAAUUUUUAUUAAUGGAUAAAUUAAUCACUAAUAAAUGCUAAGGAUAAAAUCAGGAUUUUUGCCCACACUUUUGACUCAAGCAUCAUUCAAACUUAUUUACUGAGAAUUGUCCACUUGUCAUAUAAAACGACCCCCGAAAAUGCUGAAAACGGUUUUCUUUUUUUUUUUUUAAGUCUAGAAAUAGAUUAAAGAAAGCACAUCUUAAAGUCAAAGUCAGAACAAGUCGAACACAAAAGGGAGUAAGAAGCCUAUAGAUAUGCCGACGCCGCCGCACCGCCUCAAGGGGUAACUCCCUCCCCUCAUCGUCUUCCCCAGUG